GCGCGCGGCCUGGAGUACCUGCACAGCUGCAACAUCAUGCACGGCGACCUCAAGCCGCAGAAUGUGCUGCUGAAGACGGCCGCUUCUGAUAGCCGCAGCUUUGAGUGCAAGCUUGGCGACUUUGGGCUCAGCCGCAUACUUCGGGAGACGGAGACACAUGUGGACACGGGCUCCUAUGGCACCGUGACGCACGCCUCGCCUGAGCUGCUGACAGAGGGGCGGCUGACGAAGGCCAGCGAUGUGUUUGCCUUUGGCAUUGUUCUGUGGGAGCUGGUCAGCGGCCAGCGGCUAUUCCCAGACAUGCACCAGAUGCAGGUGGGGCGCUGGCGCCGCUGGGCUAAGCGAAUCUGA